CUCUUCUGGUGUCACUAUUUCUCUCUGCCUCUUUGGUAAACUCUUUCAUGUCGUUGACCUUCCAGCCACCUAUUCAGAGCGUUUAUACGAGAUGGACGAGAGCAAGGAUACGAACGAAGCCCUCUGGCAAAUCGGUGUCUUCGACGCCCAUUGCCAUCCCACUGAUAUCAUGGCCUCAAUCAAGGACAUUGCAAACAUGAAAGCGAGAGUUCUCACUGUCAUGGCCACGAGAUUACAAGACCAGGAGAUGGUCCGAGACACUGCAAGGAAAUACCCGCUGAAGGACUCGACUUCGACUUCUAGAGGCGAAUCCUCGAAGUACGUGGUCCCUGCGUUCGGAUGGCAUCCUUGGUUUUCCCACCAAAUGUACGAUGACCUGGAGGAGGAUAUGCAUCCUAACCAGGUUGAUCAUUACAAAGCAGUCUUGACUCCGACACCCGAUGACGAGGAGUUCCUCAAGGCCCUACCCGCCCCUCGAUCGCUGCGUGAGUUUCUCCGGGAGUCAGAGGAGAGACUGGAGGAGUUUCCUUAUUCGUUGGUAGGGGAGGUGGGCCUGGAUCGCUCAUUUCGGCUGCCCCAAGGCCCAAGUGCCAUGGCCGGUGAUAUCAAGGACAAGACUGGUGGUUCGGAGGAGGACUACACUCCCGGUUCCCGCGAGGGGAGACCACUCUCUCCCUAUCGCGUCAAUAUUGAGCACCAAAAGGCGGUCUUAAAGGCUCAAUUCGAGCUUGCCGCGAAGCUACAGCGCCCACUCUCUGUGCACAGCGUCCAAGCUCAUGGCUUGGUGUUUGACCUUCUGCAAGCGAUGUGGAAAGGCCAUGAGAAGCCAUCAAAACGAGAAAGAAAGAGGGCUGUGAGCGCCCCAAGGGCUCAUCAGGACGAGGAAGAUCCCAAUGGCGCUGGUCAACAGAAGAAACUUCCCUUCCCACCCCGCGUAUGCAUGCAUUCAUAUUCUGGGCCUCCAGAUGCAUUGAAGCAAUUUCUCGGCCCUAAUGUGCCAGCGGAGAUCUACUUCUCCUUCUCGACAGCAAUUAACUUCUCAAAUGCCUCAACAACGAAGGUCACCGGCGUCAUCAAAGCGGUGCCCGACGACAGGAUUCUGAUAGAGAGCGACCUACACUGUGCUGGGGAAACAAUGGACCGGCUUCUUCUGGAAAUUAUCCACAAGGUCUGUGAGGUCAAGGGGUGGGAUCUGCGAGAAGGAGCCCAAAAGUUGAAAGCAAAUUGGGAGAAAUUCAUCUUUGGCUCCAGUGCCCGAGGCUAG